AUGUUGUGGGUGACGCGCCAUCUCGUCUACAGUCAGGCCCCUACUCGUUCGCGCGCGGGGUCAACACCUACGGCUGAACUUCAGCUCGGUUUACUGCACUGCAGGAUUGAAGCUUGUCAUUGUGAUAGGCGAUGGUUCAUGCAUAAAGCUGGGGUUGAUAGGCAGCAUAGAGAUAAAGCCAGCCUAAGGCUGGGCGCCAAGGCAGCCACAGCGCCAAUGACCCUAGCUCACUGGAUUGACUUCCUCGCACAUGACAUCAACUUGACUAGAGUCAGAGCAAUAUCUUCCCACUCGAAUUUACUUCAGGAGAGCCCGAAGCUGCAGCGUAAGCGCGGUUGCUGGCGUUCGUUUGUCGAGGACAAAUGGGUUCCGAUGGUGUUUCAGCCCAGCAUAUUACUGCUCUUGAAAAAUGUUAGGUCUCUGACCGUCACGCCAAACCUCGAAUUGCAAAUGCUUGACUUACAUCCAAAUAACGAUCCAGUGUUGGACCCAUUCAAGCCAUGGUUGGCGCAAAAGGAGUUUAGCAACCAGUGUUCGCCGCGACAAGCCUUGGGAACCGGACUUGUUCUUCUUGAAUUCCUCUACGCAAAGAAUGCCCGGAAGAGACCUAAAGUCACAUGCCUGAUGCUCGAACUUGCUUGCAUAAGCUGGCUUUCGGCAGUAUCAAAGGAACAUCUUAACAAUUGGCUUUCUCCCUACAAGACUCUGACAAACAUCGAGACUAUCGAUUCAUCGACGUCCUCAAAAACUCGGAUGAUAUCGGAGAGAAAGCGAAUCAAUAAUUGGGCAUCACAUUUAGUUGAACCUUUUUUUCCCACAAGGUUGCAACACGAGUUCCGAAGCUCCGGGGGCCGCUCGAAUCAGAACGGAGCAGUUGUCAACCUCCACCUGCAAGCCUCAACUCCCUUACAACCACGCGCCUUUGCCGAUCGGCUCGGGGCGGACCCACUGAUGCCCGCCGGGCGGCGGGUCCAGGCCAUGCAGCCACUUAGAAGCAGCCCGCCGGCGCGCGCAGGCGGCCAAACACUAAACAAACACCAUCUUCAGCCCAUGGAACACACUAUCGUCAUUCCGGUCCCCGGAGUCGAAGAUCAAGACCACAGACAUGCCGCGCUGUCGAUGUCAGACAGUCAGAUAGAUCUAGUCUUUAGGUGCCGGCGGGCGGAUAACAUCUAUCACAAGCCUAGACAGCUCUGGCUUAUUGCCUAUCGCGACAUUUUGCAACCAUUUUCAGACAAGACCAAACGAGCCUUCGGUCAUACUACACGCUACUAUGGGUUAGAGACCGUUAUCAGCAAGCAACGCCUCCGACAUUACGCCGCGACGCGGCAGCGUAGAUACACGAGUCAGAUCCCCGACGUCAGCGAGAUGAGACGAACAGGUUUUUUGGGUAUGUCUUUUGCGUCCCUUCAUUUCGAGAUUGAGAACAACCCUCAGCUGUCAGGUCUGAUUCGGGUCCACGGCGAUAGGAAUGGGGACUCAUUGGAAGAUGGAGAAUGA